AUGCUGCCAGCGCGGACCAAGGAGCUCGCGGCCGUCCUCGAGAAGGCCAUGCGCGCGUCCUCGGGCUUGAAGACGCUCCGGGCGUCGACCUCUGCGUCGCCCUUCCAGGCGCUCGUCCAUGACUACUACCUCCCCAUCUUCGCCUGGGCCGAGUCCCAGUACGACCGCCUCAACCCGCCGGCCGCGACGACCAAGACCUGCCUCGUCCUUGGCCUUAGCUGCGUGCAAGGCGGGGGCAAGACGACCAUGACGUCGUACUUGGAGCUGCUCUUCAAGGCCACAGGAAAGAACUGCGCGGUGCUCUCGAUCGACGAUGCAGCGCUGCAGGCGUGGGACGUGUUUCCCGAGGCGAUGCUCGGAGACGUGACGCUUGCCAGCCUGCAGGACCAGUUUCGUGCCGACGUGGCUGCCAACGUGGCGCAUCAUUUGGACGAGCUUCAAGUCCGAUGCCUCCGCAACGCUGCGUACCUCUUUUACAUUACGGACGAGCCGUCGGAGGCGGCGGAAAUGGUUGCCCACACGGCGAUGGUGGCCGACUUUGCGCUGCUCAAGGAGCACCUCAGCAGUGCGAUGCAGCUGCCGAUGUGCUUGUACUUUGCCGCCAGCGUUGCGCACGCGAUCAAUGUUGAGUACCGACAGCUGCUGCGCAUGGAUCCACGCAUGACGGGCAAGAAGUCGUUUGCGCAAGCUUUGACGGGGUCGUUCAUGGGCUUUUUCGGCGGGGACGCCUUUGUGCCCCUCACGUUUCCGUUUCUCAGUGCAGCCAACGCGGCCCCCAUGCGCCUGAUUCUGCCCAAGAUCCGGAACGCGCUCCAGUCGCACCACGACCACUGGUGCCAUGACCUCAAGCGGUUUUUGCACGACAAGGUCGUUUUCGACAUCAUUGUGAGCCACGUCGUUGCCAUCGAGGGCCGCAAGAAGGACCACCAAGCCCAGCUGCGUGCGAUCAAGGAGGCGAUUGUGCACGAAGCCUUUGUCUCGGCGGUCGACGAGAAGAAUGCUGCCCACGACGGCUCCUCCACCGUGAUGACGACAACGAUCACGAACGCGACCAACGCUCGCGUGAGCUAUUCGAAGCAGCACGUGGCCGGUGGCGCCACGAUGCUGCAGCUGACGCCGCUGCGCGGCGAUGCGCUCGCCAAGCUCAAGCUGCCGCUCGAGGCGUCGGUCGUCUUUGUAGCUGUCGUUGGCACCGUGGUGGUCGUCGUCUAUACGCUCGACGGCAAGACGCAUGUGCGCGCGUUCCAGUCGCACGGGCGCCGAGCGAUGACGCAGCUUCUUUUGAAGCAAUUUCCGCACUUGGUCGAGCGCUGCGACUUUGACGCGACGCACCGCAUGCUCGGCCUGCUGCACUCGACGCACAAGGUCGAGCUGUUUGCGUUUAACGAGUCGUACAAGCUGCUGGAGCGCGUGCACCAAGUCAACCUGCUGCUGCUGCGGCCGACGCCGCCGUUCACGCAGUUUUUUGUGUUUGGCGGCGACAACCACGGCGUCUUUUGCGCGGGCGAGGACGGCAGCGCGCAGUCGUAUUUUCUGCGCACGCAGCAGCUCUCCAAGCACGUGCCGCAGUUUGUGGCGACCCCCAGCACGAAGGUGCUCAAGCUGCACGACGGCGCGUUUGUGACGCUCAUGACGCACGACCACGCGCCGCUGCCCGAGGCGGAGCUGACGCUGCCGGCGCGUCUCAACUGGCCGGCGACGCAGGCCCGCGCCUACGCCGACACGAUUGUGCUGUUGGACCCGACCACGGCGCUCGUCGUGGAGCUCAAGAUGACGGUCGUGACGGGCAAGGUGGCGUGGCAGCUGCAGUGUGCGCAGGAAGCGGCGCCCGCGACGGCUGGCGAAGCGCACGUGCUCUGGGCGCUCUUUCACGUGUUUGAAAAGUUUCCGGUCCGCGCCUUGAUGGACGACGAUGGCGGGCUCUUGCCGCACGCGCUGCAGCUGCACGUGCUUGCAGAGACACCAGCGCGCCGCAACGUGCUCUCGGUCGUGCUGGACGGCGUCAUGGCCAAGCUGCUGGCGCUCAACAAGGACUUGUCGACGCUCUCGCUGGCCAAGGACGUGGAGGUCGGCAGCGCGUCGCUGGUGUGGCCGACGAUGGCCCUCGCGCCAUGGAUCCUCGAGCUGGUUGGCUUUGUGCCCGUGCCCAUUUGCCGCGCCCACGACAACCAGCUGGUGCUCUUACGGGACGGCGUGACGGCCACGUUUACCGGUGGGUCGGAAGCCCACACGCUGGCGCCGCAGAUUGGCUUUGGUCCAGCGAGCCACGUGCUGCAGGCGUGGACGGGUCCUGUCGUUGUGCUCACGUCGAUGGGGAAGCAGUCGACGGGCAAAUCGUAUUUUUUGAACCACCUCACGGGCAGUUCGUUUGCGAUCUCGGGCGCGCGCUGCACGGACGGCGUGUGGCUGACGCUGCGUCGUCUCGGUCGCUGCCUCGUGGUCGUGCUCGACUUCGAGGGUCCCGGGUCGUUUGAGCGGUCGGCGCAGGAAGACACGUUUCUCUCGGUGCUCAACGCGGCGAUUUCGCGCCUCACGGUGUUUCGCAUUGAGAUGCGCUUUGACAAGGACAUUGACGGCAUGUUUGCCAAGUUUCAGCAAGGCGUCGCGCUGCUCAAGGGCGACGAGCGCCUCUUUCGCGGGCAGCUCUACUUGAACGCCAAGGACGUCAACCCGAACGACCAAGCGUCGGUGGUGGCCGAGUUUGAGUCGAAGCUCUCGGUGCUCUUGAGCGAAAACACGGCCGACAACUUUGUCUCGGCCAUGUAUGGCGGCGACGUGGUGAUUACGUGCUGCCCGCCGCUCGGCAACAAGGGCUACUACGAGGCGCUGGCCGAGGCGGCCACGCUCUUAACGAACGCGCGCGACACGAAGGCGUAUGCCAACGGCCACGACUUUCACGAGUGCCUCUGCAUGGUGCUGGCCAAGAUUGCGCUCCUCGACUGGACGUCGAUGGAGGACAAUGUGCAGGCGCACAAGAGCGUGGUGUCGCGCCAGCACGUUCGGUACGCGCUGCGCCACGGCGUUCUCGACGACGGCACGUCGCUCGGUCCAGACCACGACGCGGCGAUGACGGCGCAGUUCCAGGCGGCCGUGACGGACCCCGAGAUGGUGGCGCCGAAUGACGAGACGCUCGACUUUGGCCUGGACCUGAACGAAAGCGACGUGGCCGCCAAUCUGGCCAGCGCCAAGGCGACGCUGCUGCUGUAUUUGCAUCGGUUUUUGGACCACAUGGACGAGCCGCGCACGGUGCUGCAGGAAGCGCGGUUUGAUGCGAUCUGGGGCUUUGUCGUCUGGCGCCGCGAGUACCGUGUCCGCGGCUGGUUUGAGGCGCUGGGCGUCGUGCACCGCGACGAGCGCGACGGCCUCGAUGCGUGCGUGCUCAAGACGAAGCAGUUUUUGCGCCGCUGCCAGCACACGUGCGCCAACUGCAAGCUCGGCUGCUUUGAGUCGUUUUUGCACGAGGCCAACGUGGUGCACGACUGCGGCACGAACCACAAGUGCCAGGGCCACUGCGCCUACUGUUUGAAUGACUCUGUACCGUGCGGCGCGGCGGCGGGCCACGCGGGCGCCUGCAACUGCGGCGUCUUGGACCACACGUGCCCGGCGCCUUGUGCGAUGGCGAACGCGAGCAACUGCGACGGCAGCUGCCACUUGGCCGCCGACCACGAGGGCGCGCACUCGUGCAGCGUGGUGCUCCACUGCUGCGGCGACCCCUGCGCCGCGCCCAACUGCCGCAGCUUGUGCACGCAGCCGUUUGCGCUGGCCCACGACCGCCACCACUGCGGCGCGAACCGCUGCCAGCAGCUGUGCAGCUAUGCCGACUGUGGCAAUGGGUGUGCGGCCGACGACCACUUUCACGCGCCCGACGCGCUGCACGCGUGCGGCAAGGAGCACUUGUGCGCGGCCGAGUGCGCCGUCGACGGCAUGUGCGAGGUCAAGGUGCAGCUGGAGAAGACGACGGAGACGUUUUGCGGCGCGCGCAGCACGUUUGAGUACACGCACCAGGCGAUGAAUGGCGGGCGCAAGAAGUGUGCGGCGUCGCUGCCGACGGGUCGUCUGGACCACGACGGCGUCGGUCACGCGUGCACGACGGCGGUGCACACGUGCACGGUGCGCUGUCCGUGCUGCCAAUACUACUGCGAAAAGGCGUUUGGCCACGCGGAUUUGCACAAGACGUCGCACGGCAACAUGAAGGAGACGUACUUUGUCUCGGACUCUGCCAGCGUCGACAUUGACGGCCGCCAGUACACGGCCGGCGAGCGCGGGGUGGCCGAGAUGUGCCCCUUCUUUUGCGCCAAGAUGGGCCGCGGCCACGUGCACUACAUUGCGUGCGACUAUCCGUCGGCCGCCAAGUGCGUGUAUGCGACGUCGGACGGCCGCCGCCACUGCACCGUGCCGCUCGAGCCGCACCCCAAGCAGCCCAUGGACGAGGUGCUCCACGAGACGUACUGGAAGCUGCUCGGGUGGGAAGACCCUGUCACGAGCGCCAUUGAGCGUGCUGCGUUUGGCUUGUGCCCGUUCCAGUGCGACGCGCCCGACCACAAGGCCGACGACCCGUCGUACUGCGUCUUGGAUGCGUGGCACGUGCCCAGCAGCGCGAACGACGCGCUCGCCCCGGGGCACACACGCGUGCAAGGCCACGUGUUCAACUGCAAGCAUUAUGCCGGUCGCGGCAUGGACCAUCAUGUGUUUGUGCUGGAUGCGUCGGGCUCGAUGUCGGGGCAGCCGUGGCUCGAUGUGACGGCCGCGGUCCACGCCUACUUGGCCGACCAGCGCGCCAAGAAGGGCCCGACGUGCGCCGACAUUGUGUCGAUCGUGACGUUUAGCUCGCGCGGCCGCAUCGAGUACGAAGCCCGGUCCCUGGACGAGAUGCUCCAGGUGACGAUUCCGUUCCAAGGCCAAGCCACCGACUUUGACUCUGGCUUGCGCUGCGCGAUCGAGGUGCUCUCGCGCAACCCGCACGCGACGUACACGCCCGUCGUGCUCUUCUUUUCGGACGGGUACCCCAACAAUACCGGCAGCGGUGUCUACUUGGCCCAGCACAUUGCGACGACCUUUAGCCGCCACCAGUUGCUGAGCUUUCUCGUCGGCUUCGGCCAAAUGAACUUUGUCUGCCUCGAGCAACUCGCCGUGCACAUGCAGGGCACGUUCCACAAUGCAGUCUCGGGCAUUGACCUCCUCGAGACGUUCAAGCAGAUUUCGGUCGCCGUGCACCUAAAGACGGGCCUCGUGUGCAAGGCUCCGUGA